UCGACUAGUACACCUUGUUAUUGCGUAGUUUAGUAUUACGUCUUAUUUUUAUCAAUUCAAAGUCAGUCAGGAUCAGAAUUGAUAAUUCUUGGAAUACAUAACAAUUAAAAUGGCUGACGAACGUCUUGACGUUGUAAUUUUUGGAGCAACAGGAUUUACUGGAAAGUAUACUGUCAAAGAGGCUGCUAGAUUAUCUAAACUAAAACCAUUUUCUUGGGGUGUUGCUGGACGUAACAAAGAACGUUUAGAAGCUGUACUGAAAGAAUUUGCUGCAGAACAUAAUAACAUUCCAAUCAUAAUUGCUGAUGUUAAAGACGAAGAGUCUUUGAAGAAAAUGGCUGAAAAAUGUAAAAUCGUCGUAAAUUGUUGCGGCCCGUACAGAUUUUAUGGAGAGCCUGUUGUGAAGGCUUGCAUAGCAGCUGGUACACAUCAUGUUGACGUCAGUGGUGAACCUCAAUACAUGGAGAAAAUUCAACUCGAGUAUAGCAAAGCAGCUAAAGAAGCAGGAGUUUAUAUAAUUAGCGCAUGUGGAUUCGAUAGUAUUCCAUGUGACCUCGGUAUUAUUUUUAUCCAGCAAAAAUUCGGCGGUGAAGUAAACAGCGUCGAGACUUACUUGAACACAUGGAGAAGUGGUAAUUUAGGAGGUCCUGGUCUUCAUUACGGAACAUGGGAGUCUGCCGUUUAUGGACUAGCCCACGCCAAUGAGCUACCAGAGUUACGUUCUAAGCUUUAUCCAACUAAAUUACCUUCUUCUGAACCUAAACUACGCCCAAGAGGAAUUAUCCAUCGUUCUGAAGUAUCUGAAGGAUGGUCUGUACCUUUUCCUGGUUCCGAUCGUUCAGUUGCUUAUAGAUCUCAACGUUUUCUUUACGAAAAAGAUAAAAUUAAACCAGCACAAGUUCAAACUUAUGUUACAUUUAGAUCACUUUGGGCUGUACUAUCAGUGGCAUGUAUUGGGGCCGUGUUUUCACUGAUGACAAAAUGUAAAUGUGGACGUAAUUUACUUCUUAAGUAUCCAUCAUUUUUCUCCGGUGGGUUUGUCAGUCAUGAAGGACCAAACCCCGAGUCUUUGGAAAAAACCCAGUUCUCAAUAACAUUCAAAGCUACUGGUUGGAAAGAUAAACUCACUGAACCAACUGACAAACACACUGAGCCUCCGAAUAAAGAAGUCAUUGGUAAAGUUUCGGGUACUAAUCCUGGUUAUGGAGCAACUUGUACUAUGCUCAUGAUUUCUGCGCUCACUAUUCUUCGUGAAGCUGAUAAACUUCCCGAUAAGGGUGGAGUACUUCCACCUGGGGCCGCAUUCGCUAAGACUUCAAUGAUCGAACAAUUAAAUAACAAUGGUGUUAAAUUUGAAAUAAUUAAAGUAACUGAGUAAGAUAAUCAACUAUGAACAACAUCUUUUUAUAUAUUAUAUAUUUAUAGCUUAUCCAAAGUGUCAUGAAUAAUCAAUUAUCUUUUUUUAUUAAUCAAUUAUAUUAUACAAUAAUAUUAAUAAUAAUUAAAAAUUUGAUAAGUCUGAAAAAGUACUUCGAGUCUUAACUAACGUAAAAAACAAAUUCUUUUUUGCCAUAAAACAUUUCAAAGUAAAAACAAAAUAUCUAUUAAUAAUAAUUCUUCUUAUAACUUAAAAACUUUGUUACUUUUUAUUAAUAACUUUUAUGAAAGUACUUUUACGGGUUUAA